AGAGCGAUGGGAAACACAACACAAAACUGCUGUCCAGAGUAAAAUUGCUUUGUUCACCGAAUGGAUGUUUAAACACCGAAAACUGAGCGAGAUAGACAUAGAGUUAUAUAUAUCAAAGCAAUCAGGGAGACGUGAAGAAUUGAUUCCAGAUAUAUGUACAUUCAUCUGUCCGUCUGCUUGUGCCAGCGUUGUAGGACUUUGAAGCAAAAGAACUUGAAUUUGAUACUGAAGACUACAAUAAAGGCGAAAUGCUGUAUUUUAAAACCAUGGAAAAGCUAUAUCGACAAAUCUUACAUUAUCUUUUUAGCAUUUCAUCAUAUUAGUUCCAGAAAUUUAGUUAGAUCUUAAAGAGAGAUAAUCGUCCACAAUGCCAAAGAAACACAAGCGACGUGAUAAAAGUGAUUUGGGUCCCGAUUUUGUGGCGCCCGAUGGCGGCUGGGGUUGGGUCGUCUGCAUAGCUGCCGGUCUAAGUAAUCUGGCCAUGUAUCCACCACUACAACAAUACGGCAUGAUUUAUCGACAACGCAUGUUUAACUUGGGAUUCUCUGCCAAAGAGACCACCACCAUCGCGAAUAUCAUGUUGAGUUUAGCAUCCUUAGUUGGCAUUGUAAAUGGUGCCAUGUUUCGACGAUUUACAUUCCGGCAGGUUGCCAUUGUCGGCAGCAUUUUGAUAUUUAGUGGUAUUUUAUUAUCAGCUGCUUGUACCACAUUUUGGCAGUAUGUGCUUUGCGUAUCGGUCAUAUAUGGCAUCGGUCAGGGUCUCAACGUGGCCGCUUUAUCGUUGGCCGUGAAUACGUACUUCAAAAAUCGGCGACGUCGUGCAUUCGGCUUUAUGUGGACCAUUACCGGCUUAGGACCCAUUAUAUUUCCACACUUCACCUCACUAAUACUAAUCUACUAUGGAAGUCCGGGUACCAUUCUAAUUUAUGCUGGAAUUUCUCUAAAUGUGUUUCUCUGUGCUUUGACACUGCAACCAGUAUUAUGGCAUACUUCCAAAGCGCCGCUCGAACGUGAGUUGAAGCUACUACAAAAGCCUGUCUUAGCCGAUAGUUUAAAUACUGCGAUACCUUCAACCACAAUGCAGCUUCAAGUCGAGUCGGAAUGCAAGAAAUCUACAACACAGCUGGAAAUAGAGCCUGAAUGCAAGUAUUGUCAAUACAUGAAACGUACUAGCCCCAGUGUGGCCGCAACACAAUUCGAUUUUGACGACCAUGACUUGGCUAAAUCGAGCCGUGAGCUUCGUGAACCCGAGCAGCCAUUGUUAUCACGUGCAAACGAUGAGCGCGAAACAGUGAACUUGCCAUAUACUAAGCUUGAGAAACAGUCAACUCAAAAAGCACCAAUUGCUGAGGCGGAAGAGGAUAAUGAUGAAGACAUUAAAGACCAGGAAGCGAAAGAAAAUAGCAGUGCUGAAGUAAAUCAUGCCCUAAAAGAGAAUUUUCCAACAGAAUUCCGCUGCACCUGCGCUGAAGAAAGAGAGAGAGCAUUAUUGGGAGACCACAACAGCGGUGAACUGAAAAGUCCGCCAAUAAUAUUAGCAGCAAACCAAGAGAAGAUCGAGCUUUUAAACCCGAAAUUAGACAUUCACACGGAACACAAAUUGACUUUCAAACAGAAGCUGGUGAAAUUCUUUGACUUGGAUCUUUUAAAAGAUUUCACUUUUGUCAAUUUAGUUAUGGGCAUGACAGUGAUGAUGUUUGCCGAGAUAAACUUCUCUAUUUUGAUACCCUUCAUUUUAGAUCAAUACGGUUAUAGUAAUGAACAAAUCUCCACCGCUAUGUCCAUGCAGGGUGGCAUGGAUAUCUGCGUGCGCUUCCUAGCACCAAUUGUGCUGGAAAGAGCAAAGAACUUGAGUAAUCAAGUAUUAUUUGCGUUUGGCAUUAUUGCCAUCUCUCUCGGACGUCUAUUGAUUACGUUAACCGACUCCUACCGUAUUACAUUGGCCCUCUUUGUACUCAUCGGCUUCGGUAGAGGUUUCCGUACUAUAUUUUCAUCUCUUAUUAUACCCUCAUAUGUGCCUUUGAAGCGUUUGCCAGCGGCAUCUGGUCUACAGCUGGUCUGUAAUACUCUAUUUACACUUGCGGUUGGGCCAAUUUUAGGUGUCAUCACCGAUGCCAGCAGUUACACAAUGACAAUUCAUUUCCUUAAUUUACUAACCUCGCUUGCGUUGCUCUUCUGGCUAUUGGAGUAUCUGGUGCGUCGCAUGUUAGGGAAAAAGGCGAAAACUCAAACAGAAAGCUAGGACUUUAAUAUUAAGAAGAAAAUUAUUUUGGCUGUAAAUAAAUAUAAAUAGUUUCUAAAA